CCACUGAUGUUUAUGUACCCUAAGACCAUAUAUAAGAACCCCCUGGGCUCGAACAGACCAGACACAAGCCACAGGUGACACACCGUACGCCUUCUUCCUACCCUGUUCACCAGUAGGCCUGUGGUCAAGAUGAAGGUUCUUGUGGGUCCAGACCCUUCUCAAAUUUACCGGCCCGAUGGGGGCAAAAACAAAGAGGACUUCCGAAACUACACUUCAGGACCCCUCCUGGAUCGAGUCUUCAACACCUACAAGCUCAUGCACACCCACCAAACUGUGGACUUUGUCAGGAGGAAGCACACAGAGUUUGGUGGAUUCUCCUACAAAAAGAUGACUGUGAUGGAGGCUGUGGAUCUGCUGGAUGGGCUGGUGGAUGAGUCUGACCCAGAUGUGGACUUUCCCAACUCAUUCCAUGCGUUUCAGACGGCCGAGGGCAUCCGGAAGGCUCAUCCUGACAAGGACUGGUUCCACCUCGUGGGGUUGCUGCAUGAUCUGGGGAAGAUCCUUGUCAUGGCUGGGGAGCCUCAGUGGGCAGUCGUUGGAGACACCUUCCCCGUUGGCUGCCGCCCCCAAAAAUCUAUUGUCUUUUGUGAUUCGACUUUUCAAGACAAUCCUGACACCAAGGACCCUCGAUACUGCACUGAGUAUGGGAUGUAUGAGCCCAACUGUGGCCUGGAAAAUGUCCUGAUGUCCUGGGGCCAUGAUGAGUACAUGUAUCAGAUGAUGAAGUUCAACAAAUUCUCUCUGCCUCAGGAGGCUUUCUACAUGAUUCGCUUCCACUCCUUCUAUCCCUGGCACACUGGGGGUGACUACCGGCACCUCUGCACCCCCCAUGACCUCAGCAUGCUGCCUUGGGUGCAAGAGUUCAACAAGUAUGAUCUCUACACCAAGUCAGAAGACCUGCCAGAUGUGUCCAAGCUUCGACCAUACUAUCAGAGCCUCAUUGACAAAUAUUGCCCUGGGGUCCUCUGCUGGUAACGGCCUCUGUUUGGGUCCAAGCCUGGGCUGCUUGGCUCUUAUCCAGCCCCAGCAGGCUCAUUUGCCUCAUCAGGGGCAGCCAGCUUCUUCCCUUAUGCAUAACAACCUGUCCAAUGGCUCCUGUCUCUCCCUUCCUGGGGGGGGGAGGGAUUGUCAGCCCAGAAACCAUCCCUGGGGCCACUGCCCCUCCCCAGCUGACCCUGGCACCCCAGUAGCAGCAGAAUCCCUGUCUUCAUUACCUCUACCCCAUUGCAAACUCCACCCAUGUCACAGCAUCAUUGCCAGGCAGGAGAUGCCCAUCUCUUUCCUGCUUCCCAUGCUCACCAUCAUUGCCAGCCAGCGGGACCCAUGCUCCCUGGGUCCCUGAGCACCCUCAGCCCUCCACCCACAGCUGCAGACACUUAAUACUCCUGCCAAGAAAUAAAGACUGUACGAAACUCUGA